AUGCGGAACCCGUCUUCAGGGCUCAUUGCAUCACAAUCAGUCAAGAUGAUUAACCGAUCUGGUCCCUCCGUCGACUUGGCUCACCUCGACUGGGGCUGCCCGAGGACGACUCGUCCCUCUUCUAUGGCUCGCAGGAAUGGAGUGUGUUUGCUCAGUGGUUGGCCGAGCGGGUUCAUGUCACGCUGCACUGACGCCUUACGGCGAACCUCUGGAGUGUACUUGGUGGCCGACAUGUCCAGUGGAUUGUCCAGUAUGUUGUCGUGGAAUGACAGGAACAGGGGUAUGUAA